AUGGAUAAAUUAUUACAUUGGUCCAUUGCCCAACAAGCUGGUGAUAAAGAAGCAUUGGCCAAAAUUGGCGAGCCAGACCCAAAAUUGUUAAACCAAUUGUUUGGAGGGCCAGAUGAGGUCGCUUUGAUGAAAGAAAGUAUUGCAAUUGCUCACAAUCCUAAAGUUGAGGACAAGGAUAAAGAAAUUGCAUUGGAGAAUUUUGAAAUGUUGAUUGAAAAUAUGGAUAAUGCAAACAAUAUAGAAAACUUAGGUUUGUGGCAUCCUAUUGUGGAUUUGUUAAAGAGUGACGUACCAGAUGAUUUGAGGGUAACUGUUAGUGGUAUUAUAGGAACUGCUGUUCAGAAUAAUCCCAAGUCACAAGAAGAUUUUGCAAAGACUAAUGGUUUGCAAGAAUUGAUUACAAUUGCUGGAGAUGGUCAAAACAAAUCUUUACAAAACAAAGCACUUUAUGCAAUUUCCUCGUAUAUUAGAAACUACAAACCUGGUUACAAACAAUUUGAUGAAUCUUCAGGAUGGGAUUUAGUCAAGCUCGAUUCCAAAGAUUCAAAAUUCGAUUUGAGAGUUUUGUCACUAGUGUCAUCAAUAUUGAGUAAUGGAUUGGAUAAUGAUAUCGAAAGUCGGUUCAAAAAGUCAAAAUUGGUUCAUUAUCUUGCUUCGGUAUUGAACUUGGACUCAAACACCAAUUUGGUUGACAAAUCACUAAACAUAAUCUCUGAGUUGCAUCGUUUGAGAUACAACUUUUCAGAUGAAGAAACAUUUGAGGUAGACAGGGGAAUCCAAGUGGUUGAGGGAUUGAGUGAUAAAAUCAAUAUUGACGAUCUCAACCGUGCAAAACAAGUUACUAAGAAGUAA